AGCUCAAUUUUUUCAUAUUCUUGGAAGAAUGUACGUUUUACAACCAAAUGAGCUAACGUAGGGACUUCAAUUUUGAUCCUCAUUUUUCUCUCUAACUUCCCGUGUGACCCUUUUUCCCAUCAGCGAGUUUUUAUUCCUUUGAUGGGUUUUGGGGGAACAUGGGUUGCGUCAGCUCCAAGCAGGUCACGGCCCAUUCUCCGCCUCCACGACGACACAAUUCCUCCUCUCUAACAACUCCUGUUGAUCCCAAUUUGCACCAUGUCAAGCCUGGAUUUGCAUCUUUGGAGAAGAUAAAAGAGGAACCCGGAAAGGAGGAAUCCUUAAUCCAAAGAAGCACCUCCAAUUCUAAGGCUUCCAAAAAAGGAAAUUCUGAUAAAAAGCAUAAUUUUAGUUUCAAAUUCGGAAGGCUAAAUGAAGGAGAACAUUUGGCUGCAGGAUGGCCUGUUUGGCUAACCGCCGUUGCCUCUGAAGCUAUUGAGGGAUGGAUACCCCUUAAAUCAGAUGCUUUUCAGAGAUUAGAAAAGAUUGGACAAGGUACAUACAGCAGUGUUUAUCGUGCACGUGAUGUCAAAACGGGUAAAAUGGUUGCCCUGAAGAAGGUGAAAUUUGACAAUUUCCAGCCAGAAAGUGUCAGAUUUAUGGCUCGAGAAAUAACAGUUCUCCGCAAACUUGACCAUCCAAAUAUCAUGAAGCUGUUGGGAAUAGUCACUUCUCGGUUAUCAUGUUGCAUCUAUCUUGUUUUUGAAUACAUGGAACAUGACCUCUCUGGACUGUUGUCAUGUCCUGACGUCAAGUUCACCGAUUCACAGAUUAAAUGCUAUAUGCAACAGCUAUUGAGUGGACUAGAGCAUUGUCAUUCGCAAGGUAUAAUGCAUCGGGAUAUUAAAGCAUCCAAUGUUUUGGUAAACAAUGAAGGAAUUCUAAAGAUAGCAGACUUUGGUCUUGCAAAUUUCCUUAGUGCUAGGCACAAACAACCACUAACAACCCGUGUGGUGACUUUAUGGUAUCGACCUCCUGAACUUCUCUUGGGAUCAACAAAUUAUGGGCUAACGGUGGAUUUGUGGAGCGCUGGUUGUGUUUUUGCAGAACUUUUUUUCGGGAGGCCUUUCCUGAAAGGGAGGACUGAGGUUGAACAAUUGCAUAAAAUCUUCAAACUAUGUGGUUCUCCAUCUGAGGAAUACUGGAAAAAGUCUAGACUUCCACUAGCAACUAUUUUUAAACCCCAACAUGCUUAUGAGAGUGCACUUCGCGAUAGAUGUAAAGAAUUACCAAAAACUGCUGUCAACCUUAUAGAAACGCUUCUUUCGAUUGAUCCACAUAAGCGUGGAGCUGCUUCAUCUGCUCUUGAUUCUGAGUAUUUCAAUACAAAGCCUUACGCGUGUGCGCCAUCAGGCUUGCCUAAGUAUCCACCGAACAAGGAAAUUGACGCAAAGUUCCGAGAAGAAGCAAGGAGAAAGAGGGCCAGUUCCACAGUGAGAGCAUCUGGAGCUUCAAGAAAUUCAAAAAAGGUGCAGAAGUCACUUCAAGAAUCGAGCAACUUUGGUAUAGCGGUCUCAACAGAGGAAGCUGAAGCCAAUAUCCAUAAUGGUCGUAGAAACAAUGGUGGUAGUGGCCAUAUUUCUAAAGGAAAAGGAGCUACCGUGGCACGCAUAUCAAUGAAACCAUCUUAUGAUACAGUGUCAGAGUCUUCUCAGACGACCGAAGAAUCUCAAGGAGAAAGCAUCCGAUCUGUCCCUGCGCAAAUGACAGCUUCAAGUGGCACCGCAUUGGCCAAAAUGAGAAAGAAAGAUUCUUCAGCCAGAAGACCCCAUUCACAGGCCAACUCAAGAAGUCAAAAGUUGAUUGCCUUUGACCCUUCCAGUGUACUACAAGCUGCAGAUACCUUGGAUUUAAACAUGUCAGGGAAUAAUGACUAUUCGAGCAGGAUAAACACUGAAGCCAGAGGCCGCAACAAUGAUGCAAAGCAUUCUAUUAGCAGGCAAUACACUCAUCAUGAGCAAUGAGAUUCUUUUGAAUCAUCUGAUAUACACCAGUCUGAGGAGAUGUCAGAGGACUACAAUGGCCGGCAAAGAAGGGUUGUGUUCUCAGGACCAUUGAUACAUCAGAGGAGUGAUGCAAAGCAGGAUUAUCAGACGCACCAAGAUGGUCACAGAUCUCGGUUUUACAAAGAUUUAUAAUGAGAGUGAUCUGGAAGUGCAUCUUGCAUCCCUUAGCCAGUGAAGUGACUCUGGAGAAACGAUAUCUUCUCGAGGAUUUUUGUUGGUCGAGAAGAAAAUCAAAGUUUGUUAAGCAAUGUGCCAUUUUCAUUUCAUAUUUUACCUGGCCACUCUACUUAUGAAGAUCUUGAACGCGCUGUAAGUCUGAUCCUUGCAACUAUAUUUUUCUCGCAAAUCAUUUGGGAAAUUAGUAAUGAACUCGUGCAGAUGUAGACACUUACUGGUGCAAGACAUAGUUUUUUGACCAGACAAAUGAUGGAAUUGCCGGAAAAUUUGAUGCUGAAAUCCUGAAAGUGCCUAGAGGAAUUGGAAUCUGAUAACAUGCUGGAGAGUUGCAACAUGUAUCCCCAGUACCAUUAAAACGUGGCAGUUUUUUCUUCUAUUUAUCGAUUAGUGUCUAGGCUUACCUCGUUGUAAAUGGAAAAUAUGGAUACGCACAUAUAUAUAUACCUUUAGUUGACAUGUUUAUACUACAAAUUCAA